UUAUUGAUGGACUGGAUGUAAUCACUGAUUUGGUUGGUUAGAAUCUCAUUCACACCAUCAGGUUAAACAGCGGAUUCGUGGAGAUAUUCCUGUCUCCUUGAUUCAAAAUGGCGUCCAUGAGAACCAUUGUAAUGGUGACUGUGCUCUUCCACUCAAUGGGCCGUGGUUCAAUGGCCGCCAAGAGUCUUGUUCAUGUCAACAACGUUGUCAAUGUUGGAAGAGGACAAUCCGUAUUCAUCACCGACAAGGACCUGCGAUUUGAUGUACCCCUCGACAAAGACAAAUGUAAGGUUGAGGUGGUCGUGAACGAACCUAUCAGCCAAAAAGUGGGAAAACUCUCUCCUCAGGUAUUUGAUUGCCAGUUCUUGCCAGAAGAAGUUAAAUACACUCACAAUGGCUCCCCGAUUUUGGACGAAGAUCACAUUAUACUCCGAGUAUACAGAUUUUCGGAACUGGAGACAAUGGUGGAGAGCUUUGUGGUUGUAGUGGAAAUUGUGGAGCCGUUGUCACCUAUUGCCUACCUUGGACAAUACUCUUUGGAGGUUCCUGAGUUUUAUGGGGUGUCCUCUAAACCCGUCGACAAAAACAUAAUCUCUUUCAAGCCAAACUUAGAAAAACUGGGUUCAAGCUGUGUCGUCAAAACACUGUCAUCCGAACUACUUCUUCCUGCUUUUGGCCAAGUUGUGAUAGAGGACGCCAAACGAGAAGUCAGGCAUACGUCGGCAUCUCAUUCACUCAUUCCUAGAGUCAGAAACUACAGACAAGACAAAGUCGAAUGCGUCGGCAACAAAGCAUGUCACGUCGGACUAAAGGAAAUGAAAUUCUUGAAAGCAAACUGUGCCGAUUUUAUGCAAAUGGGGAUAAAAUAUCAGCACAUUAGUCCACCGUCGCCCGAUAUCGAUUAUAUCCCCCUUCAAGUCGAAUAUCGUGUUGGGGAAAAUAGGAAACAGUUAAAGGUGCAAAAUAUAUGGAUUCCGGUAAUAAUUAAGGGUGCCGUCCCAAAUACCCCACCCCGGGCAGCCUUCAUGCCCAUGUUUAUAUUGGAAAUUGAUCAAUUUAUCUUGACCCCGCUCACGACGGCUACUAUAGACGCAGAAGAUGACGAAACACCAAAGGGCAGGCUCAUUUUUCAAAUCACCAAACCCCCGCCGGCUGGAUUUAUUACCCAUGUGGACGACCAUACAAAAACCAUCACUUCCUUUACAUGGGGUGACCUGUACAAUAUGAAAAUAGCCUAUCAGCCCCCCAACGUUACCCAUGUUGAGAGACAAAAUUACGAGGUAGAAUUUCAAGCUGUCGAUAGUUUUUUUGUGAGUAGCUCUCCAAUAAUGGUCCACUUCUCUAUACGGACAUCGGAGACAAACGCCCCAAAGGUGGCUUGGAAUAUGGGACUGACCUUAUUGGAAGGACAAUCUAGGCCUAUAACGUGGGAAGAAUUUCAGAUUGUUGACAGAGAUAAUUUACAGGCCGUUCGACUGGUCAUUGUUGAUGGUUUGAAUCACGGACGCCUUACAAAUAAAGGGUCAAAAGCAUUCGUAUUUACAGUAGAGGACAUUAAGAAUGGACAUGUACGAUAUCACCACGACGACAGUGACUCCACUAAGGACUAUAUUGUGUUCCGAAUUUACGACGGAAGACACAGCAUUCGCCAUAAAUUUCCUAUAAACAUCCUCCCAAAGGAUGACAGCCCUCCAUUCCUCGUUACCAACGUCGGUUUUGAGCUUGUAGAAGGGGGAGCGGUCCUUAUAGAAAAAGACAUGCUGAUGGCCUCCGACCUGGACUCGAGCGACGAUUAUGUCCUUUACAACAUCACAACAGCACCGAAAGCCGGGGAACUGGUAAAGAGAUACUCUUCUGAAAGCACGGGGGCCCCGGUGUCUUCUUUUCUGCAGAGGGAUCUAUUUCGCGGCCUCAUCUAUUAUAAUCAUUUUGGGGGAGAGGUUUUCCAAGACUCCUUCGAAUUUACGUUGUCAGACAGCCACGAUCCUCCGAACUAUUCAGAGAAACAGGCUGUAAUAAUUCAUAUCACUCCAGUCAAGGAUCAGUUGCCAAAAGAGGCAGAAGGAACAAAAAGACACAUUUAUGUAACGGAAACAGAGAUCGUGCGAAUAACGAAGCACAAUUUGCAUUUCACGGACACGGAGUCCCCAGACAGUGAGAUAGUCUAUACCGUGACGGCGCCGUGCUUCUCCUGGACGCCCGGUCUACCUGACGCAGGACGUCUUAUCUCUGUGGAUUCCCCAAAUAGUCUUAGAAAGGAUCCAUCUAUCCCAGUGCUGACGUCAUUUACACAGCAAGCAGUAAACCACAUGAAAGUGGUAUAUAUGCCUCCAAUAGAAGAUAUUGGCCCUGACCCAAUAUUAGUGCAAUUUGAGUUUUCGGUUAGUGACCAACAUGGCGGACGACUAUCUAACCUCAUCUUUAAUAUCACCGUGACGCCAGUGGAUGAUAAAGCACCCAAGAUUUUCACCAAUCAAAUCAAAACAGAGGAAGGUGCGAGCUGUUUCAUUACUGGAGAAAAUCUCAUAAUUACUGACGUGGACACUAAAAACGAGGACCUGAGAAUUGUGUUAAAAGUGCCUCCCCGGCACGGAAACGUGGAAGUGCACGGCGUUGUGAUUCCGGAAGGAAAUAUAUUUACACUUGAAGAGCUAAACUCUUUUAAAGUCAGGUAUCAGCAUGACGAUUCCGAAUCGUUUCAGGACACGGUGGUCUUUUCGGUAACAGAUGGAUUUAGCACUGCAGAUGGGGAGCUGAAAGUGCAGAUUACCCCAGUGAAUGAUAAGCCUCCAGAGCUACAGACGGGUCUGAAGUCCAGCCUGGAAUGUCCGGAGGGAGGACAUGUUGUUAUCACGGCAGAAAACCUUUAUGCGACCGACAGCGACAGCGACGAUUCAGGGUUGACGUAUAUGAUCGCCCGCGUUCCGACGUAUGGCAUGAUCCAAAGAGGAGGGGUGAUUGUGGAACGGUUCAGCCAGCUCGAUAUAACGCAGGGAUUAAUCUCUUACAUUCACACAGCCGGUGAGAUUGGAGCCCAUCCUUAUGUAGACGUUGUGACAUUAAUUGUCUCUGAUGAAGAACCUAAAGUGAAGGAUCCAUGUUGUUCUGAGAGACCCCUCCCCCCACCGGUGCCGCUUCACGUCAGCCUUCCCGUGUACGAUCUGAAUAUUACCGUCACGCCCAUUAAUAAUCAACAGCCUGUUGUAAAUAUUGGGGACGUAUUCAUUGUAUAUGAAGGAUCUUCAUCCGUCAUCCAGCUGAAGCAUAUUAACGCCUCAGACUCUGAUACUCUGUCCGAGAGCUUGAUGUUUGUCGUGGAGACCCAGCCAAAGUAUGGCUACCUCGAGAAUACGGUCCCGAUGCCCGGAUCCGAGAAAGCUACAUCCGAAAUAAACAUAAGUUCUUUUAGCUUUUGGAAUAUCAGCACCGGGCACAUCCAAUAUGUGCAGAACCACCAUAAAAAACGGGAGCCCACCACAGAUUUUUUCAUGGUAUCGGUCAGCGACGGGAUCCAGAGGUCUAUGGCCAUGCCGUUCUACAUUAUUAUUAAACCCACAAACGAUGAAAUUCCACUGCUUCACGUCAGGAACAUCACGAUAAUUGAAGGGGGCAUUUGCGAGCUAGGUCCAGGCAUGUUAAAUGCAGAAGACUUGGACAUCCCGCCGGACACAUUAAACUUCUCCAUUAUAAUCCCUCCUGCGCACGGAAUGUUAUUAAACGGCGCAUAUGGCAAAAAUAUCAGUUCUUACAAACAGCUGAAUCCGGCGGUACUUCGUGGAGACCUCCGGAUCCACAGCUUUACCUUGGAUGAACUCCGAGAAGGACUGCAGAUUGUGUACAUGCACGAUGACUCCGAUAGUCUCCGGGAUAACUUCACUGUGCGGCUGACAGAUGGCAGACACACAGUCCAAGACACACUACAUGUCCAUGUCAUACCCGUCAACGAUGAAGUGCCUCGUCUUACAAGAAAUGGCGGUUUGGAACUAGAAGUCGCUGAGAAUAAAGUUAUAUCGAGCGUCGCUUUGGAAGCUGAAGAUAAAGAUUCUCCGAGAGAUUCUAUUUAUUACAUCAUCAACAAUGUCCCGACAUUUGGAGAACUCAAAUUAAAGGUGGAUUCGGCAUGGAUGACACUUCACCCCGGCAUGAACUUUACACAAGACGAUGUGGAUAUGAACCGUAUCUGGUACUUCCACACCGUGAUCCUUGGCUGCAGGGGCCACGACAGCUUCCGGUUCUUCGUGACGGACGGAGGGAACAAAUCUCCUCCGGAAAGUUUUUUCAUUUCUGUUCAGAACCUAGAGAAAGGUGACAUUGUCCUACUCACCAGGCCUGUAACUUUAAAACAAGGUGACAGGGUGACCUUAAUCACAGAUGUUAUUUUGGCAACAGAUGGCACUGGCAAGCCAGGGAAGCUGCAGUAUGCCGUCUCUGUGCCACCUGUGCACGGUCAGAUUGAGUACAUCAAUUAUCCCGGCGUCCCCAUUUCAAGUUUCAGCCAGUUGGACGUGGCGGCUCAGAAGGUUUGCUACGUUCACGACAAUAGCCACGAGGCCGGAAAGGAUUCAUUCAGUUUCACCGUAAGUAAUGGUCUGGUGGCCAAGGACGGUUUCAUGGAGUUUAUCAUCGAACAUCCGGACCAAAUUCCCCCAACGUUACUCAUCAACAAGGGAAUCCGGUUACCGGAAGGCAGCACCGUGGUGAUUUCAUCUAAUCUUCUCCAACUCACGGACCCAGACAGCCCCGUAGAGAAACUAAGUUACACCCUCAUCGAGUACCCGCGAUACGGACAGCUCUACCUGAAUGGUAGGAUUAUGCAACAGAACCAUUUCUCCCAGACGGAUGUGAACAACAUGCAUCUGUCCUACAAACACUAUGGAGGAGCUGGGCAGGUGGACCGUUUCUCUUUCAUCGCAACCGAUAACUCCAACAAGGGCUUUUUGGUCGAUGGCCGGAUGAAAGAAGAUGCUGUCGUCUUUGUGAUACAGGUGGAACACGUGGAUAAACUUCCUCCAAAUAUACUUAUCAAAGAGACCCCAACCACGGUGGAGAACACAAAAGACGGGAGAGCCUCCAUCUUGAUUACUUCCAGAAACCUGAAAGCAUCUGAUCCCGACAGUGAGGAUGAGGAUCUGGUCUACACGGUCCUACGAACCCCGUAUUUUGGCCACCUGGAAAACACUAGAACAAUGGACUACGUGGGAAUUUCCUUCACGCAAAGAGAGCUAAACCAGAGAGUCAUCCGGUACAUCAUAAACCCGUCAUUUGGAGUGAAUUCCGACAGCUUUGAAUUUAAACUCUCCGACCCGGCAGGAAAUUCAAUUCCCCCAGUAAUGUUUGAAAUGAAAUGGUCUGUGAUUGAAUUAGCAGAGCCGACAUAUCAUAUUUGUGAAGACUUCGGGACCUUGGCCGUGAAACUAAUCAGGACGGGCGGCAGUAAAGAUCCGGCAUUUGUUGGCAUAAAUGUGCAGGAGCUCACGGCGAAAUCCGGACUGGACUUUACUCACAGCAGUGCGAGCCUCGUGCAGUUCGAUCCGGGCGUUUCAACUAAAUUUUGGAAUGUUUAUAUUAAAAAUGAUGGCUUGGAAGAAAAUCGUGAAGUUUUCAAGGUAUUAGUAAAAUCUCCCAAAAAUGCCAUAGUGGGAAAGACCAAAGAGACGACAGUCCAUAUCGUGGAUCCGAGAGGAGGUCAGUGCAGGUUGCAAGAAUCCGGAACAGGAGAUACAAUGUCUCCGGAUCCUUCAAGAAGACACGGGGUCGGCGGAACAAUCCAGACGUCCAGGAAGUUCAGCCAAAUAUUACUCCCUAAUAGAGCAGGACAGUCUCCUCGAAGCCGCCUCUCCCGUCUGCCGCCGACCAUCGCCACUGAUCUGGCCCCCCGGCCGCCGGGGCAGCAUCUGCAUCUCGCCGGGAAAAGCGUCCUUUAUCACGGGAUCUCGUCUAUGAACGCUCCCCAGCAGAAUGUCAGGAGAAGCACCGUGUGGCUGGUACCUGAUGCGUCGCUGGCCCUCACAAACGGAGAUGAGGGGUUCCGGGGUUUCUCUGCUGCUUUGGGUUCCCAGCUUCCGUUAAAGGAUGAAGCCCAACAGGAUGAAAUGGCCGGGAGAUGCCCGUCGGGAUGGACUCGUCACGGGGGAUACUGUUACCAUCAUCAACCCCAACGAAACGCCACUUGGGAGGAUGCAGAAAGAGCCUGCAAAGACGCAUUUAAUGGUCAUUUAACAAGCGUGAACUCAGAAAGCGAGAUGAAAUGGCUCUGGAAAUACGCAGACAAAAGGCCAUUUUGGAUCGGGAUGAAGUCUGAAGAAGACAGUCCAGGUUGGUCCUGGACUAACGGACGACCAGUGACCUUUAAUACUCUAAAACAAGUGGAACCUCAAUUGGCUGAACCUGGAGAAGGGAGAUGUGUUCUUGCUUGGAGAAGAAAGGAAUGGGUGACGAGGAGAUGUGACUCCGGUCCCAAAGAGCGAUAUAUUUGCUCUCUUCCUUUAAUGAAACAAUAAAGACUAUUCUUCCCCUCUUUA